GCGUAUCAGCUGUUUUCUUCCAUGUUGGUGAUCACAAGUGACAAUACAAUACAGUUGCUAUUAUGUUACGAACAACUCUAAACAACGCUAAUUUAAAAAAUAAUCAAUCAAAUAACAACACUUGAAAACGAUAUAAAAUAUAUAUUAUAUUCAACCUUUUAUUAAAUACGAUUAUGGAUUAGUCGAUUUUUAUUAAAUGUAUUUUUAUUGGUACUACUAAACAUGGAAACAUUUUAAAAUAUUUAAACAUUAUAACUUGACAUUUCUAUACAUUCAAAAAUGAAUAAGAACAUAUCAUAUGUGUCUAACGUAAAUCUAAAAGUAGUCUUCUAUUUUAUUUUAGAAAUUAUACUCAUUGGAGUAGCUAUUGGAACACAGUAUGACGGUAAUGUUACUUUCACGAUAUGGAAUAUAUUUUGUAUUGUGUCAAUGCUUUUUAUGAUACAUAUUUUAUGUGAUUUAAUGAUACAAUUCUGUAAUUUAUUCGAUCCAAAGUUGAAAUACUAUGGGAUACAACAAUUAGAAGUGCCAUUAAAAUAUGAAAUUGCCAUUGGAAUAUGUAUUAUUAUAUUUCUUUUUUCACAAAUAAUGAAUGAAAGUUUUUGGUAUAUUUGGAGAUACUAUAAUGUAUCAAAUAUAUGCUCUUAUUGUUUUGUAAACAUUCUGUUUAAAACACUGAUCUUAUCUCAACAAAAUGUAGAUAUAGAUAUAAGUAGUAUGAAUGGACUUGAUUAUGGUACUGGAAUGGCCUAUAGUUACUACUAUGGUUAUUUGAGAAUUAUUUUACCAUCUACUGGUACAGCAAGUAAAGGCAUAAUUGAAAAAUUAGAGAAUUUAGAAGAUAGUCAUAACAUAUCUAUUUCAAUCAAAAAAUUAUUUAUUCUAAUUCCAUCUUCAACAUAUACAUCUCCAGAUUUAAAAGACUUUACAAAUGGCUGGAUGGAAAAUGCAAUAGAAUUAGAAAAAGAAGUAAGAAAUAGAGCUGGGAUAAAAAAUCGAUCUUAUCAUAAUAACGUAUAUAAGAUUUAUCCUGAAGGAAAAAAACCUUGUGUCAAACCAGAAUAUAUAGCAGUUGAAGGUGCAUCACCUUUGCAAACUAUGUUUGAAGUACAAAAACAUUUUCAUCCGGAAUCGGCAAUGUAUGCGAAGUAUCGCAAACAAAUAACACAAACAUUUUAUUUAAAAUUAAAAGAUAUAAUAUAUAAUGAUCCAGAAUGCAGAGAUUUAUGUGAAUUGAUCUACUAUGAAGAUUACAAUUCUGAUGGAACUAAAGUAAAUGUAGCAAAAAUUAUUCUUGAAAAGAUAUCAGAGCUGAAAAGUUUACAAUAAACAUAUUAAGUUACA